AUGGCAAAUUGUGGCGAUUCAAGAGCAAUACUUAUUCGCGACAACAAAACCUUCCUAGCGACCCAAGACCACAAACCAUAUAAUCCCAUAGAAAGUCGACGAAUUUCUGAAGCUGGCGGCAAAGUCAUGUUGUCUCGUGUUAAUGGAUCCCUGGCUGUUUCCAGAUCUCUGGGUGACUUCGAAUACAAACAAGUGCUUAAUCGCGGAGCGACAGAGCAGCUUGUUUCUCCUGAACCAGAUAUAUUCAUUGUUGAACGCAGAAAAGAAUUCGAUCAAGUUCUUCUUCUUGCUUGUGAUGGAAUUUGGGACGUGUUUGAAAACGACACUCUCACUACAUACGUCCUUCAUCGGUUGUGUUGCUUGCCAUCUUUGGCGGAUGUUUGUUCAGAAAUUCUCGACACUAGUUUGCACAAGGGUAGUCGCGAUAAUAUGAGUGUCCUCCUGGUAGCGCUAGAUGCCGCCCCAACUGUGAAUCCAGAGGCAGUUUGUAAAGAAAUGGAAUUAGAUACUUCCUUAAACAAUAUGAUUGUUGAUAUAAUUAAUUCAGCCGGCGAAGAUGCUAACUUUUUGAAUGUGGAUUAUGUCGCCAGUGCAGUUAAAAGUAUGAAUCUUCCCAAUUAUCCUCCGGGUGGCUUCAACACCAAACGCGCUUAUGUAGAGAACUUUUUCAAUACUCAUUUCCGACAGAAUAAGGUGUUCGCAAAAACGCAACUGGAUGCUCAAAGUUAA